AUGCUCCACCUCCGGCAGCGCGCCCUCUCCCAUCUCCUCUCCGCCGCGCCACCUUCUUCCACCUCCAUACUCCUCUCUCUCCACCGCCUCCUCUCCGCCGCCGCUGCCCCCCGCAUUUCUCCCAACCCUAGGUUCGCCGUGGAGGACUACCUCGUCUCCACCUGCGGCCUCACCCCAGCGCAGGCACUCAAGGCCUCCGCCAGGCUCUCCCACCUCAAGUCCCCCGCCAAGCCCGACGCCGUCCUCGCCUUCCUCGCCGGCAUCGGCCUCACCGGCGCCGAUGUCGCGGCCCUCGUCGCCAGGGACCCGCGGUUCCUCUGCGCCAAAGUGGAGACAACCCUGUCCCCCGUCCUCGCCGGGUUCACCGGCCUCGGUCUAUCGCCUUCUGAUAUCGCGCGCCUCGUCUCGCUCGCCCCGACCGAAUUCCGCCAUAGAUGCGUCGUCUCCAAGCUAGAGUACUACCUUCCACUCUUCGGCUCCAUCGACAACUUGCUCCGGCCGCUCAAAUGCUGCACCGCCUUCCUCGGCUCCCACCUCGAGAGGGUGGUCAAGCCCAACGAGGCCUUCCUGCGGGAGUGCGGGCUAGGUGAUCGUGAUAUUGCCAAGCUGCUCAUCCAAACGCCUAGGAUCCUCACCGCCAAACCAGGGCGCGUCCUGGCGAUGGUUGCGUGCGCCGAAGGUAUAGGUGUGGCCCGUGGCUCUGGAAUGUUCAGGCAAGCGCUGCAAGCCAUCUCAUACGUCGGCGAGGACAAGAUCGCUGCCAAACUGGACUACCUGAAGAAGACACUUAGGUGGUCAGAUACCGAGGUUGGCAUUGCCGUGUCCAAGGGUCCGUUUUUGCUGAGGAGGUCAAAUGACGUGCUGCAGCGUAUGUCAGACUUCCUAAUCUCUGAGGUGGGCUUGCAGCCGGCCUACAUUGCGCAUCGCCCGGCUUUGCUCACUUACAGCCUGGAGGGCCGGCUCAGGCCCCGCUACUAUGUUGUGAGAUUUCUGAAGGAAAAUGGAUUGCUAGAGCACGGGCGGAGCUACUAUACAACACUGGUUAAGACUGAGAAGGUUUUCAUGGAAAAGUUCAUAUGCCCUCACAAGGAAGCCGCACCACACCUUGCUGAAGACUACGCGGCUGCUUGCAAAGGGGAAGUGCCGGCUAGAUUCAGAUUUACAUGA